AUGCUCUGUCUUCGCUGCAGGGCCCUGCCCUCCUUCCAAACCACGGUGUCCGCCAUGCGCACCCCAAUGACCAGAAUCACCCAAUUCACACCUCAAACAACCCUCACACCCACCGCCCUCCUCUCCUCCCGACCCUUCUCCACCACUCUCCUCUCAACACCAACCCGCCUCCAGACUUUCUCCCUCUCCCUGAGGACUCCCUCGACACCGGCACUCUCCACCCCGUCAAUCUCAUCACUGCUGCCCCCUCAGAGCCGCUCGUUCUCGGCUACCGCUUCGCUGGGCGUGAAGCGUAACACGUUCCGUCCCUCGCGGCGUGUGCAGAAGCGUCGCUCGGGUUUCUUGGCUCGGAACACCGAUAGGAAAGGCCGGUUGACUAUUAUUCGUCGGCGGUUGAAGGGGCGUAAGGCUAUGAGCUGGUAA